GUGACUCGAACCUGAGCGCCGGGCGGGCGCAGAGAAGCCAGGGGCGGAGCUACAAGUCCAGAUCGCGAGGAAGCCCCCGACGGGCGGCGCGUGCGCAGUGUCUCGCCAUGGGACCUCCUUCCCGCCGCGGAGACUAGGAAGCGGGACGCCAAAUCUGUCCCCGCGCAGCCGCCGCCGCCGGGCGCCGAACGGGGCGGCCGCCCUCCCCGAGGCGCGCCUGCGCACGUUCCCACGCACGCUCCGGCGUACGGCGGCGGCCAGGGGUCGCGAGCCGGUGGAGGACCCGCGCGCGGAGGAGCGCGGAGAGUCAGCGCUUCUUCCCUCCCUCCCCCAUUCCCCUCCCCGCUCCCUCCCCCCCCUCCCCAAGAAUGUUCCGCUACGAGUCUUUGGAGGAUUGUCCUCUGGAUGAAGAUGAAGAUGCAUUUCAGGGCCUGGGAGAGGAAGAUGAAGAGAUUGAUCAAUUCAAUGAUGAUACAUUUGGGUCAGGUGCAGUUGAUGAUGAUUGGCAGGAAGCACAUGAGCGCCUGGCUGAAUUGGAAGAGAAGCUGCCUGUGGUAGUUAAUGAACAAACAGGCAAUGGAGAAAGGGAUGAGAUGGACUUGUUGGGUGAUCAUGAGGAGAAUCUGGCAGAAAGGCUCAGUAAGAUGGUGAUUGAAAAUGAACUAGAGGAUCCAGCUAUCAUGAGGGCAGUACAGACCAGGCCAGUGUUGCAACCCCGACCAGGAAGUCUCAAUUCCAGCGUCUGGGAUGGAUCUGAAGUUCUGAGGCGAAUCCGAGGACCACUGCUUGCUCAGGAAAUGCCUACAGUGUCUGUGUUAGAAUAUGCCUUGCCUCAGAGGCCCCCACAGGGCCCAGAAGAUGAUCGGGACGUUUCUGAGCGUGCAUUACCGAGGCGGUCAACGUCGCCUAUCAUUGGGAGUCCUCCUGUUAGAGCUGUCCCCAUAGGCACCCCACCUAAGCAGAUGGCUGUACCCAGCUUCAACCAACAGAUUCUGUGUCCGAAGCCUGUCCAUGUUCGACCCCCAAUGCCACCACGCUAUCCUGCUCCCUACGGUGAGAGGAUGUCUCCAAACCAGCUCUGCAGUGUCCCGAACUCUUCCCUACUGGGUCACCCUUUCCCUCCUAGUGUUCCUCCUGUUCUCAGCCCCCUGCAGAGAGCACAGCUUCUUGGAGGAGCACAGCUACAGCCUGGACGGAUGUCUCCCAGCCAGUUUGCACGGGUCCCUGGAUUUGUUGGUAGUCCACUUGCUGCCAUGAAUCCCAAGUUGCUGCAAGGGCGAGUUGGGCAGAUGCUUCCCCCAGCACCAGGCUUCCGUGCCUUCUUUAGUGCUCCAGCCCCCGCUACACCGCCGCCUCCUCAGCAGCACCCUCCUGGCCCAGGGCCUCACCUGCAAAACCUAAGAUCACAGGCCCCAAUGUUUAGACCAGACACAACCCACCUUCAUCCACAGCACCGUCGACUCUUGCAUCAGAGACAGCAACAGAAUAGAAAUCAGCAUCGGAAUCUCAAUGGUGCAGGAGACAGAGGAAGUCACCGGAGCAGUCAUCAGGAUCAUCUCCGAAAGGAUCCGUACGCCAAUCUCAUGUUGCAGCGAGAAAAAGAUUGGGUCUCUAAAAUCCAGAUGAUGCAGCUGCAAAGCACUGAUCCCUACCUGGAUGAUUUUUAUUACCAGAAUUAUUUUGAAAAACUGGAGAAACUGUCAGCUGCUGAAGAAGUGCAAGGUGAUGGCCCAAAAAAGGAGCGCACCAAGCUCAUUACCCCUCAGGUGGCCAAACUGGAGCACACCUAUAAGCCAGUGCAGUUUGAGGGCUCUUUGGGAAAGCUUACUGUCUCUAGUGUGAAUAAUCCCCGAAAAAUGAUUGAUGCUGUUGUGACGUCUCGGAGUGAGGAUGAUGAGACAAAAGAAAAACAGGUUCGGGACAAAAGACGAAAAACCCUUGUCAUAAUUGAGAAGACCUAUAGUUUACUCCUUGAUGUGGAGGAUUAUGAAAGGCGUUACCUCCUAAGUCUGGAAGAAGAGCGACCUGCCCUGAUGGAUGAAAGAAAGCACAAAAUUUGUAGCAUGUAUGACAACUUAAGGGGGAAAUUGCCUGGACAGGAGAGGCCCAGUGAUGACCACUUUGUACAGAUCAUGUGCAUCAGAAAAGGGAAGAGAAUGGUUGCCCGUAUUCUUCCUUUCCUCUCCACAGAGCAAGCAGCUGACAUUCUCAUGACAACAGCCAGGAACCUCCCUUUUCUUAUCAAGAAGGAUGCACAAGAUGAGGUGCUGCCAUGCUUAUUGAGUCCCUUCUCUCUUCUCCUCUAUCAUCUUCCAUCAGUGACUGUCACCAGCCUUCUGCAACAGCUAAUGAACCUACCUCAGAGUGCAGCUGCACCAGCACCCGCCAAUCCUCACCUCACUGCUGUGCUCCAGAACAAGUUCGGCCUGUCACUGCUCCUCGUCGUCCUGAGCCGUGGGGAAGACCUGCAGAGCUCAGACCCCACUUCAGAAUCAACGCAAAGCAACCAGUGGACGGAGGUGAUGUUCAUGGCAACCCGAGAACUUCUGCGGAUUCCCCAGGCAGCCCUGGCCAAGCCAAUCUCUAUACCCACAAAUCUAGUAUCCCUGUUUUCUCGUUACGUUGACCGACAGAAACUGAACUUGCUGGAGACAAAACUGCAGCUAGUUCAGGGGAUACGAUAAAAGAUCUCCACAUGUGUCCUGUACCUCCUUUUGGCUGCCACCUGCACUGCUGCCAUCACCAAUGGAGUGUUGUUUUUAAUGAGGGAGGGAAGGUAGCUUAUUCCCCAAAGCGUCUUGUGGGAUCGAUUCCUGUUCACAGGGGUUGUCUCUGAAUGCCAGGUAUUUCCCCACUGGUCUGUGAAAUUUGGCUGGGUGAUACUUCUGCUGGUUUCUUCUUACCUUCUAUGUUACAAUUCUGCAUGUCCUACUUUUACUCAAUUCUUCUCAAUUUUACAUUUUCUUUGCCCUAGAAACACAAAUAUAAUCUCUCCCUUUAUCCCACCACCACUACUCCAGUUCAGAGUAGAUUGUAGCUUGCCAAAGGAUUCCUUCCCUCAUCCUACUGAAGUCUUUUUUCAUUGCCCCAUAUUAAUAUGACUGUAGGAGAGCCAAUUAAGUAGACGUCUAUAUAUAUGCGCACACACACACCCCUAUACACACACUUAUGUGGUCUCCAAAGGAUGCUUAAAGAACGAGUUUUAGAUUGAGAAAUAUUUAGGUGACACAUCCCUUCUUUAACCACAAACCAGUUGAUGUAUUUUUAAUCUGUUUCUCGCCCCUCUUGUAAUUAAUUUGGUGGGUUCUACUUGUUUUAAUAUAAAUAUAGGGUAUGGAGCACGUUUAAUAAAAUCAGAACUCUUGAUUGGC